GAGGCUUCUAUUACUAUAAGUCCCAGUAGACAAAAAGCAUCUGAUUGUUCACAACUUAUAUUUGAUUCCUUGAUUUUUUCAUUCUCAGUGACAUGGAUGAGAUUUACAGCAGGAUGCCGUCAAUAUCAAUCUUCUUACUAACACUGGCAGUAACAUCAGUGAUAGCUAAUAGAGUUAAACCACCAGAACCUGCUCACAAGGGACAAUUCUCUGAUGCAGAUGAGAUGAAGAAAAUCGCAACAAAAGUUUCAUCAUGGUCACCAAAUGAUGAAGUAAAUGUCUGGGAGAUGAGUGGCCUAUUUGAAGGUGACAUAAUGAUGUCUGAAGACAAUAACAUAAAAAAUAUUAUUCUGGAUGAAGAUAAAUACUGGCCCGGUGGAGUUCUUCCCUAUUACAUAGUUGAAGAAGACUUCUCUGAAGAAGAAGUUGAAAUCAUUCGCAAAGCCAUCAAAGAUUAUAAGAAAAAGACCUGUGUAUCAAUUCGACCAUACAGAAAGGGUGAUGAAGACUUUGUCAUGGUACAAGGGAACAACACUGGCUGCUGGUCAUAUGUGGGAAGAAAAAAUGGUGGCCAGGUACUUAAUCUGCAGACUCCUGGAUGUGUUCAUCAUGGGAUUGUUAUUCAUGAGUUUUUGCAUGCUCUAGGAUUCUACCACCAACAGAGUGCUCAUGACCGUGAUGAUUAUGUCAAGAUACUUUGGGAAAAUAUCAAAGAAGGCAAAGAAGGCAACUUUCGGAAAUAUAAUGAGACACUUGUAACAGAUUAUGGAAUUGGUUAUGACUAUGGAAGCAUUAUGCACUACAGCAAAAAAGCAUUUUCAAAAAAUGGAGAACCUACAAUAGUACCAUUAGAGGAAGACGCUGUAAUUGGUCAACGGGAUGGACUCAGUGAAAAGGACAUUAAAAAGAUUAAAAAGACAUACAAAUGCAAUGAAAAAGAUUCUCUCUUCAGUAUUUUUUCAUUUGAAUAGAUCUAAUAGCUAUGAAUAAAAUUCUAUCAUUUAAAAGAAGUUGUAUUCAUUUUAGAACACACUAAAACAUUUGAUGAAUCUAAAGUGACAAUUGAAAAUUUGUGCCAGAUUGAGACUCAAAUGAUGAUUUUCUGUAUAUUAUGACCAAUGACCUAAACAAUUAUGCUAUAUGAGUAUAUCUCCACAUCCAAGUAAAACUUCCAUUGUCACUGUCAAAGAUAAGCAGUAAAUCAAAUUUCAAAUCCCAAUCCAGACCAAAUUUUCACUUGUCAUUAUAGGUUUACUAUGAUGAAUGUACAGCACAUUGAUGUGUUUGAGCUUUGGUGCUGGCAUAGGAUGCUACGCAUAAAAUUGACUGAAAGAGGAACAAAUGAAUCCAUUAUUGAACAACUCAGUAUCUCCAGACGCCUUUCUUCUUGAGUCAC